CCUUGAGUUCCUCGGUAAAUUGGUUUUCUCCAGCUUCUUUGCACGAAGAGACGGACUUCCAGCUGCUGACAUCCAGGACCUUUUCUGCUCCUUCUCCUCCUCUUCCUUGCCUGCCAUAAAGAAAAAUGUUUGAAGGCUCCUUCCUCUGGCUUCUCUCCCCCAUCUUCUUCUUUUGCCCAACGGAGGUCCACACAGCAAGUGAAGACGUGGCUGUUGUGAUCCCGGAACAGGUACCCUGGGAGAGGAUCCAUUUUCUGCAAAAAGGGAGCCAGACUCAUGGGGGACGGAGCCGACGCUCUGCGUCUCUGAACCUGGAAGAAGAAACGGAGGCACUCAUCAUCCACCUUCCUACAGGGAGUGGCCUUGAUCUGGGCACCAACCUCUACUUGAACCUUCGCCCAAAUGCACAGUUCUUGGCACCUGGUUUUUCUGUGCUGGAAAUCGCAGAGGACCAAAGCAGCCAUCGUGUGGAUGUGGAUCGGAAUUGCUUUUACACAGGCCACGUGCUGAACCGCAGCUCCGACUCCUUCGCUUCCCUCAGCACCUGCAAUGGGCUGGUUGGCUUGAUCCAGAUCGGAUCUGAACAAGUGCAGAUACAACCGGUGAACGCUUCGGAGACAUUGUUUGAUGGGAAGGAGCACUUCAUCAGGCGUAAAAGGUCCACCCGAUCAGCCCGCCCUCCCAAGUUGGAAAGCCCAGUUGAGCACUGCAGAGUGGUAGCAGAAAAGAAGAAGCAAAAAAAGACAAAGCUUACUGAGGACUGGAGAGAACGGAGGAAUGCCAUCCAGCUUACAAAUGAAUAUACAGUGGAAACACUUGUGGUUGCAGAUUCUGAUAUGGUCCAAUACCAUGGGGCUGAUGCCGCUCAAAGAUUCAUUCUCACUGUGAUGAACAUGGUGUACAACAUGUUCCAGCAUCAGAGCCUUGGGGUUAAAGUCAAUAUUCGAGUGACUAAACUUGUCCUGCUUCGGCGACGUCCUGCCAAGCUGUCCAUUGGUCACCAUGGGGAGAGAUCUCUGGAGAGCUUUUGCCAUUGGCAAAAUGAAGAGUUUGGUGGGGCAAAGUACCUUGGAAAUAAUCAUGUUCCGGGAGCACGAGAUGAUACUCCUCCAGUGGAUGCUGCUGUCUUUGUUACCAGGACAGAUUUUUGUGUCCAUAAAGAUGAGCCCUGUGAUACAGUGGGGAUUGCCUACCUUGGAGGCAUCUGCAGUGCCAAGAGGAAGUGCGUUCUCGCUGAAGACAAUGGGCUGAAUCUGGCAUUUACCAUUGCACAUGAAUUAGGACACAACAUGGGGAUGAGCCAUGAUGAUGACCACUUGUCCUGCGCUGGAAGAUCUCACAUCAUGUCCGGAGAAUGGGUGAAGGGUAGGAAUCCCAGUGACCUGUCCUGGUCUUCUUGCAGUCGCGAUGAUCUUGAAAAGUUUCUCAAGUCUAAGGUCAGCACAUGUUUGCUGGUAACAGAUCCAAGGAGCCGAUAUGCCGUGCGGCUUCCUUACAAACUUCCAGGAAUGCACUACAGUGCGGAUGAGCAGUGCCAGAUCCUUUUUGGAACCAAUGCAACGUUCUGCAAGAAUAUGGAGCAUUUGAUGUGCGCUGGUCUCUGGUGCCUUGUGGAAGGAGACGCAUCUUGCAAAACCAAACUGGACCCUCCUUUGGAUGGCACAGAAUGUGGGGCAGACAAGUGGUGCCGAACUGGUGAGUGUGUGAGCAAAACCCCCAUCCCUGAACAUGUAGACGGAGACUGGAGCGUGUGGAGCCAGUGGAGCAUGUGCAGCAGGACUUGUGGGACUGGUGCCAGAUUCAGACAACGCAAAUGUGACAAUCCACCUCCUGGGCCUGGGGGCAAAAAUUGCCGUGGAGCUAGUGUGGAGCACACCGUUUGUGAAAAUUUGCCCUGUCCCAAAGGAAUGCCCACGUUCCGAGACCAACAAUGCCAGUCUCAUGACAGAUCCACCAACAAGAAGAAAAGCCUUUGGACGGCUGUCAUCAUGGAUGAGAAGCCCUGUGAACUGUAUUGCUCCCCGUUUGGGAAGGAGUCCCCUGUGUUGGUAUCAGACAGGGUCGUCGACGGUACGCCAUGUGGACCUUACGAGACUGAUCUCUGCGUUCAUGGCAAGUGCCAGAAAAUUGGCUGUGAUGGGAUUAUUGGCUCAGCCGCCAGAGAAGAUCGCUGUGGCAUCUGUAAUGGAGAUGGCAAAACCUGCAAAGUGGUGAAAGGAGACUUCAACCAUACCAAAGGGAUGGUAUCCAAUAGUCAAUGUAAGAAGGUUUCUACCUGUGUGAUGGCAAAGGCAAAAGCAGUCCCCAAGUGCUUCUCGUGCUAUAUUGAAGCAGCGGUGAUCCCAGCUGGGGCUCGAAGGAUCCGUGUGAUGGAGGAUAAACCUGCCCACAGUUUUCUUGCUUUGAAAGACUCCAGUAAGAAGUCCAUCAAUAGUGACUGGAAAAUUGAACUUCCUGGUGAGUUUCAGAUCGCAGGGACUACGGUCCGGUAUGUGCGGAGAGGUCUGUGGGAGAAAAUCUCAGCCAAAGGACCAACUAAAAUCCCACUCCACCUGAUGGUGCUGUUAUUCCAUGAUCAGAACUAUGGGAUCCACUAUGAAUACACUAUCCCUGUGAACUACUCUGCGGAAAACAGAAGUGAGCCUGAACAUCAGCAGGAGUCCUUCUACAUAUGGACACAUAGCGGAUGGGAAGGCUGCAGUGUGCAAUGUGGAGGAGGAGAACGUAAAACCAUUGUGUCCUGUACACGGAUAGUUAACAAGACCAUGAUGUUGGUGAAUGACAGUUCUUGCCAACGAGUGACCCGUCCAGAGCCCCAAGUUAGAAGAUGUAAUGUUCACCCCUGCCAGUCAAGGUGGGUGGCAGGGCAAUGGAGCCCAUGCUCUGCAACCUGCGCCAAAGGUAUCCAGCGUCGCGAAGUGGCAUGCGUCUAUCAGCUGCAGAAUGGCACCUAUGUCAACACCAGGGAUCUCUACUGCCUCGGCCCCAAGCCAACUCCGGUCCAAAGCUGUGAAGGUCGAGAUUGUGUCUCCAUCUGGGAAGCGUCAGAAUGGUCUAAGUGCUCAUCCAACUGUGGACGGGGGAAGCAAAAGCGAACGGUCACUUGCACCAACUCGCAAGGGAAGUGUGAGGCGGCCACCCGGCCAAGAGAGGAAGAAGAAUGUGAGGAUCACACCGGCUGUUAUGAGUGGAAGACGGGAGACUGGUCCAAGUGCUCUUCAACUUGUGGCAAAGGCCUUCAGUCCCGGGUGGUCCAGUGCAUGCACAAAGUCACAGGCCGCCAUGGCAAUGAGUGUCCUGCCCUUUCCAAGCCCGCAGCUUACCGACAGUGUCACCAAGAGGCCUGCAAUGAGAAAAUAAAUGUCAACACCAUUACCUCUCCAAGGCUUGCUGCUCUGACGUAUAAAUGCACAGGAGACCAGUGGACUGUUUACUGUCGGGUGAUUCGAGAGAAGAACCUCUGCCAGGACAUGAGGUGGUACCAGCGCUGUUGCCAGACCUGCAGAGACUUCUAUGCCAACAAGAUGCAACAGAAGAGUUUAUGAAACCUGCCUUUGCUCCCUGGGGUCUUAAAGGUCACACGUACCUUUUCCUGCAGCGUAUCAUUAACUUAUGGAAAUCACUGCCACAAGAUGUGGCAAUAGUCACAUAGAAUAGAUUAGACACAUUUGUGGGGUAUGAGGUCUAUCGAAGGCUAAUAGUCAUGAGAGCAAACUAGAACUGCUAAGGUCAGAGGCAGUAUACUUCUGAAAGGCAGAUGCUUCUCGCCAACAACAGAGGAAGGCCAUUACCACCAUGCGCAAGUGGCACCUGGUUGGCCACUCUUUAAAAACAGAAUGCUUGACCAGAUAGACCUUGAUCCAGCAAAACAUAUUACAUAUGUACAUGGCAAAUGCAAGGAAGGUCUGUUUACCAGAUCUGCAGUGAGUUACCGAACUUGGUGGAUUCCAACACUUUUACCUAAUAAGACUUGAAACCCCUUUUGCAGACUGGAUGAACCAAAGCAAUCCACUACAGAAAAAGAAGAAUUCAUCUCAAAGCCAAUUACGUAUAAUUUUAUGUUGCUUUGACACUGCUACAGGUGUGGUUUUUUCAGUAAUAUAUAGAUUAUUUCCAGCCACUGGAUGGCUUGCUACCAUUUUUUUUUAAAGAAAAGAUUUGAAAAGCGACUAAAUUGACUAAAGUUACACGUACCUCAACAGGGUAAGCCUCUGGUAAAUAACUCAGUGUAGACAGAGACAUUACUUAAUGCUUCAGCCUUGGCUUCUGGGUUCAGUUCCCAGCCUGGAAAUGCAAGUGGAGGAUGGGCAGCUUGAAAGAGAGAGCCAUUAAUGAAACGUUUAAUUUGAAAAAGGAAGGCUUUGCUAGAGAAGCCUCCAAGAGCCAAACGGCAGUGGAUGAACGCUUCUGAAAAUCGAUACAGAAAGCCCACUGCAGCAGCUGCCAAUAUUCAGCUAAGUAUAAUUUUUAAAGAAGAAAAAGAAAUCUAAGGACUAGCUUUCCACUUCCUUUCCUUGGAAAAAAAUAACAUAGCAAUGGUGCCUUACUUGGUACACCAAUGUUGCAGUAAAUAAGUUCAGGACAAAUUUUAAUGAUCUCAUUAGUCCAAGCAGAACUUUAAAAGCUUCUUCCUCCCCAGCAGUGCUAACCAGAAACCAGGCCAAAUGCACAUGUUCAAUGUUCUGCCAGUCCAAGUGCAGCAACUCUGCUGGGCUGCAGAAGAACACUUGAAGGCCUAAUCUGUAAGCAUGCACCAGAGUAUUCCUGUCUAUGUGGCACAUUAAUUUCAAUGCGAGGGGCAGCUCUGAAUACAGAAAGUGAUGCUGGUGUGAUGUUGUUUUCUGCUUUGAAAUGAAUGAGGAGUCUGGUGGAAGUUGGGUAUGGACCAAGGCUCUGUACUCUUCCUAGAUGGCAGGAAUUGAAUUGAUGUGUAAAUGACUGAGGUGGCAAUAGUUGAAACAGGGCUGACAUUUGGGAGCCUAUCUCACAAGGAAAGAAAGCAGAAGUUCAGCUGGAUAGUAGCACCUUUCUCCAUUACCAACUCAAGUCUUGGUUUUUUUUCUAUCUGGAAAAAUCCAUUCUACAAAAGACUUGCUUAUACAACUGUCUCCAAUAGGAAGACAACUGAAGAACUACAAUGUCAUGUAGUAAGGCUCAGAAAAAGGCGUUACUACCCGCAUAAACUUCUGCUUUCUUUUCUCCUUGGUUCUCCUUGUUUCCUGGUGCUAAUAUUUUGGAACGGAGAGGGAUCCAGUAAUAAAAAGCAUAUUAACUUCAACACUUCUUAUUACUGCUUCUCCCCUCUUUCUGUUUCUUCUCUGCCAACCCUUGCUACAACUUGGGCAUCACUUGUAGUUUAUGAUCUAAUGGUAGGAAUUCUUUCUUUCAUGUGAAAAUAGAAAGAACUAAUGAAACAAAAUAUUUCUGAGGGUUGCUCUGAAACACCAGUGCCGGUCAAAGAUUGCCUUCCAUACCUUAAGUCCUAUAGAAAGUGAUGCUAUGAGCAGGGUGGGCCAUUUCCAUUUUCCGUGGGCAUCUGAUCUGCACAUACUUUGUUAAAGCUUCCGGGCAAAAUGGCUCCCUCACUCUCAAGGGAUUACAUGAUGGAGCAGGAGUCAGCAGGUAACCAACUGCUUGACAGCUAUCUAGUAUGACAGACAUGAUAACAAUUAUUUACUUCUGCUCCAAGAAGCCAUUCCAUUUAGUACAACUCAACUAUCCUGAGAUGGAUGCAUCCUGGAUCAUAUUCACAUGACAUUCAGAUGCCUACAGUCCAGAAAUCAGACAGACAUAUUCUCAGAUGGAUCCAUUCUGUGCAUUCACGCAUGGAAGUACAGUAAUUAUAAAAGAUCAUCUAUAUAAUACUGUGUUGUGGCUAAGCUGUAAUAGAUUUUGGGUGAAUUGAAAACCCCUCUAUUGGGACAUAUGGCAUGCAAUAAAAGAGUUUACCAAUGUAGGGAUUGGUGUUCCAAGAUGAAGAAAUUCUAACGGUGCUCAAAACUUCUUCUGAAGGCAAUAGGAAUCUCCAAUGGAUGUUAAGUGCAGCAAGAGGAUUUUAUUCAAUCUCUGAUUCUCAUUGGUGCUAGCCUCUUGCUCUUAAAUAGUCUGGUUAUCAAAAUGGUAUUCUCUGGUUCUCUUAUAACUUAAUCCAUGCUGGCAUGGCUGCAGAGGUGAUUUUGCAGCCAUGUUCAGACAUCCUGUGGUCCUAAAGAUUAACCUAAGUCCAAAACACUUUUGGUCCCCAAGUAUUUUAGAUAAGGGAAACGCAGCACAACCUGUAUCAUAGCCUAGGCUGCAAAUCAAAGAACUAUGAAACCAUGUACUCAAGGAUGUUUUUAGUCUAGUGUCCCUGAAGCACCAGCCCCUCUCCUCUUGAAAAUACCAAGAUGGAGUUGUGUGCACCAGCUUAGAUGGCUUUUUAGGAUAGGUCAGCCAAAUUCAUGCAGCGUAUGGAUCUAACUGCUAUCACUAAAUGGAUCCUCUGUAUUCAGAGGCUGUGCACUGUGGGAUAAUAUAUGCUGAGAGACAGACUAGUGAAAGGCAGCCUUCUUCAUGCUUUUGUGAAAUUCCCAGAUGAAAAGAAUGCUAGGCUAGACAUGAGGUUCUUGCAAAGCAAUUUCUGAGAUGGCACAAGGAUUUGCUGUUCUAAUGGUUUGUUUUUGUAAUAAAUCCCACUAAGGUGCACUUUUCAAAGAACUUUCUGGGAGCCAACCGUAAGCUAAGAGCCUUCUUUGGUCAACUGAAAGCAAACAGAGAGGCAACUUCAGAAUAUUUCCCCACCUUCCUAAACAAGUCCUAUUCCAGAAUUCUCCCCAUAACUCAGAGGUUAAAUCAUGAGAUUGUCCAGACAUUAUAGGACUGCAAAAUCCUAGUAGCUCCCAGCCAACAUAGCAAGUAGUGAUGAACGCUGGAAAUUGCAGUUUUUAAAACCAUCUGGAGGGUUGAAUGAUUCCCACCUAUAAUCUGCAUCAUUCUUUUUUGUUGUUCUGCAGAUGCUUCUGCAUAAAUGCAACAAUGCAGUGUUAUGAUCUUUAAAACCCAGUUGUUUUCCAAGCUGCUUUCAGGCAACUUUCUUCCUAGCAAUUUGUUAUGCUGUGGAUCCUUGGUCCUUAAGUCCAAGUUUCCAACAUCAACUUCAAUUGCGAUCCUUGGGGAGAUUCAAAUCAGCGAGCAAGCUAUCAUUCAGGGAUGCUUCUCCAUCACUACUAUUUUGCUCACUGAGGAUCUCCCGAAUCCAAUCCAACUAGAUCACAGGAGUGAUCUAGCAUGGCAGUCAGAGGAAUAGGCAUUUGUAGUUUCAGAGGAACUACAGCAAAACCUUUGGUGGUCCACUCUGAGCGCAAUGCCCUUGCAUUACAAUUGUGGUAUUUCCAGUGUUGAAAACAAUAUUCUAUGUACUGUUCUUAGAAGUACUGUACAUGAUAAUUGCACAGUUUUGUCACAUGCGGAGUGUAAACUCUGGCUAUAAAAUGGUGCUUUCUUAUUAUUUCUCUCCAUUGUGUGUGUUUUUAAAGAAAAUCCCCUUUGCAGUUGAAUAUUGAUAUUUUGUUCUAAUACGAGGCAAAAAUGCAAUGUUGUUUUUCAGUGCAGAGUGAAAAAGUGUAUAUAUAUUUUUUCUAUAGUUAAUUUUACAUAUGGACUGUAGCCAUGGUAAUAGUUCUAUGUCCUUUUUAUUUUCCUCCUGGUGCUGGCUCAAACAUGUCAAAAAUAUAUAUUCAAGCGUAACAGAACCGACUGUAAAUUAAAAGAGAUUGUUCCGUUUUGGAAAUUA